CAGCAGAAAAGUAAAGUUUAUUGCGUCACGGUCAUUUUUUUCCUCUGAAACCUCGUAUUUCUCGUGGACUGUCCUCCAAAACAUUGUCACGUGUGUCCGCGUGUGUGUACUGAAGCAGGGCUCAAAGUGCUCUUAUUUGCCUGUCGGGGUAUUUUGUCUGCCUUUUUUCCAGCCCUGGUGUCUGAGGAACAUGGCAGCAGAUAGGACCCAGCAGACAGACUUGGCAAACCUCACCUGUCCGUAGCCGCUUCUUUGAGCUUUUCCCCACCUGAAGUUGACCGUAACGGAAAACCGUUAUCUGCUUCGUGUUCUCCCGCUCCAGACACUCAGUGCUGCUGCGUCGGCAGAACGCGAUGCGGUCGCGGUGCGUGCGCGCUUUGUUGCUCGCCUCCUUGGCGCUGCUCUUCUCAUCCUCCUCCUCCUCCUCCUCCUCCAGCGCUGAGGUCGUAUUCCGCUGUCCGAGCUGUACGGCGGAGCAGCAGGCGGCGUGUCCUAAACCCCCGACCCCGUGCGCGGAGCUGGUGCGGGAGCCGGGAUGCGGCUGCUGUCCCGUGUGCGCGCUGCAGCUCGGAGAGCCGUGCGGGGUUUACACGGCGCGCUGCGGGAGCGGCCUGCGCUGCUCCCCGAGCGAGGGCGCCGAGAUGCCGCUGGACGAGCUGGUGAGGGGAUUCGGGAGCUGCCAGGUCCGAACCGAGAACACGGACACUCACGAUGAGCGCGACCUCGAGUCCGAAUACGCAGAGCCAUACGCUACGAGGCUUCCAAUCCCAAGGAAGCCAAACAAAGAUACCAACUACUGGCACAUGAGGGAGACUAUGUUCAAGCAUCACCAGAAUGAGCAGAAGACCAGGAUGAUGAACCGUGUGGAUGAGCCCAAAAACCCUCGUCCCAGAAUGAGUCAGUGUCAGCAGGAGCUGGAUAAGGUGCUGGAAGAGAUCGCUAAAAUGACCUUCCAUGACAACAAGGGACACCUGGAGAACCUGUAUGAGCUAACAUUUCCCAACUGUGAUAGUAACGGACAAUAUAAUAUAAAACAGGGUCCCUGUUUAAGCUGUGUCCCAUUCAAUUAUGACCUCAUUUUGGGAGUGCUCAGUGGGGGGUCAGAGAUCCGUGCUGUGACCAAUGAGGCGGGUACUGUCGUUGCCGGGGUUUGGCUCCACCCUCCACGUCUCUCUUCUGAUCACUUGCCACAUGUCCACCCACGGGCAAAGGGGUGAAUGCUGGUGCGUGAACCCCCACACUGGUAUCCAGAUUCCCUCCUCCAUCAGAGUGCGGGGUGACCCCAACUGCAGCCAGUACUACAGCGGGCCCGAGCUCAAGUCCACUACCAGCCUGUACAAAUAGAUGUGGAUAAGUGGAGCGACAGAACAACGAGAGACAAAGCUAGAGAGACAAGUGUGCAAGCAUAUAUUCCUGUGUGUCUGUAUGUGGAAAUAUUUCAGACCCAUUAUGAUUUGCAUUUUAAUCUUAUAAAAUAACAGAAUAGAAAGCACCACAUUCAGACAAAAGUGAACUACAUAUAUGCUAAAUUUAAUGACAAUAGACUGGUGUUGUGUACUCUUAUUAUAGCCUGUACUUUAACACAGUAAGUCUAAACUGGCUCUUCUCAUCCUGUGACUAUCUUUUAGUGUAGCUGCAGUACAAAUCCCAGUAUGUAACAGUUCGUGCAGCUUCCUCUAUUUGGUCCCAUUCCCAACUUCCUUUUAGAGCCAGGCUAACAUAAGCUACAACCACUCCUGUGCUGCUGCUUUUCUAACACUAAACAUGCACCAAAGUAGGAAUGCUAAUGUAUAAUUUUGAGCAGUGUCCUGCAAACAAUGUACUUUAUUUGCAUGGAUUUGUUUUCUAUGUUUGUCCCUCCUUUUUGUGGUUGUUCCAUGUGCACGGACACCAUCAGUGCUGUUUACUUGUAUUCAAAACCGCCUCCUCUCUUUGACUCACCCUACCGAACCAUGUGGAGCUACAUUCUCUAUACUGGCCUUGUCUAGUGUCUGCGGGGUGUCCACGGGGUUACUCAGUGCACAGUUGUGUGUGUAUAUGUGUGUGUAGCGGAGUGUAGCCAAUGUUGGCAGCUGAUAGACUUCUCCCCCUAUUCUCUCCAUCCAGUCAUAUGGGGGAAAAUACGGGUGGAGCAGUAGGUUUGGAGCAAAAGUGGUUACUAAUGAUGUGCUGACAGAGGUCAAGAUUAGGACACAAAGCUGACACUGACAAAUGCAAUAUUAAGUGGGUUAAGUACCUAUAAAUAAACACAGGUUUGCAAAUAUAUGCCUGCAAUGCAGAUGGGCUGUACUUUACUUUUCAUUAUUUCACAUUUCCCAUGGCUGGGGGGUGAGUGAAGGGCCCGUUUGACAUUUGGAAGAUUUAGUGGUUGGUUUAGGGGGGUCUCGAGAUGUGUGAAAGGAUGCCAAUUGGUGCACAGGUUGAGGGGGGCUGCUAAGCUUGCCGUGUCAGGAGCUUUCCCACCUGGUGUGAUUCGUUUAGUGUAAAUGUUGCACUCUAGGGCAAUGAUUGUCCUUGAAAGCUAUAGUUACAUUUUAUUCGGUCUGUGAAGUAUGAUCAUUCUUGUCUGUCUGUCUUUCCAUCUUUGUCUCUCUUGUUCUCCCUUUCCCUUUCUCUCUCUCUGAGUGUAGCAUUGGACAGAUUAAAUAGACAAGAUCCAUAAAUAGCAGCUGAGAUUAAGCUGAUCGAUUGUAAACAAAUGGUGCGUAGGCCCAAGAGCGCGUCUAAAAACUGUUCUACUCUGUUUGGAGACUUCUGUGAGCUUUGCCUCUCAGAUAACAUAUUAACCUUCAAUAGCUCACAUGGUAUUGCCAUGUCCAGCUCGCCUUUAAAAUUAGCUUUCAUAGAUUUUCUUUUUUUAGAGUGUAUUAUGGUGCUACAGCCUGGCUCUCCUAAACCCUGCUCCCCCAUGUGGGGUUUUGGGGCCAGCACAUAGGCUGCUGAGACUCUGGCUAUGAGUUUUCCAUUUGGGCUGGCUUCCAAAAUAGAUUACUGCCUCCCCUCUGGUGGUACAGUAAAUUUUAUGGUAGUUUGAGUCUGACCUAGUUUGAAAACAAAGCAAAACCAAUUCCUGUGGUUUUUUGAGCAUAUUGAUUUGCCAGAGCUGUGCUGAAGGAGUGAAAGAAUUUGGUUGUGUGUGCAGAGGGGGUUGCUGUGCCAUGCCUGUAGCCAGUGGACAGAAGGAAGUGGUGUUUGCCAUCUGCUGCAGUGUAAAAAUGUCAGAGCUGCGUGCUGUUUGGACGGCCUCGGACAGGCGACAGGAAGAAUUUCUUAAGCAAAUCCUACACAGCACACAAUGUACUAGCCUCGCACACUUUCACUUUUUACAUUUUUCUUGUUGUUGUUGCAUUGCAUGCCACCGAGUAUCGGUAGGCACACCAGCAUCAGAUAGUAAAGUUUACUGGUGACCACUAACGCAGCAUGCUUCUUAUAUCUUUUCUCAUUGGAAUUAAAGUGCCUGCUUGCAAUUCAAAAAGGGAUUGUGAAAGCCAUAAAUGCAUGCCAACCAACAAAGAUAUUUUUAAAGGCCUGUAAUAAAUGACAAUAUGAUUAAACAUGUUACUUUCA